AUGUCAUACGAAAACGUGAGCUGGCUCUCUGAGGGACUAUCAGAUUGGCAGCAUGCCAUCUACCACAUGGAUGACCCAAAUGCCGAGCUACAUCCUACAUCUAACAAAGGGAGAGAGGCCAUGGCAUAUCUCACUUACUUGAUCGACCACUACGACGUUCUUCCAAAAACCAGUCUGUUUCUUCACCCGCAUAGAAGCGGCUGGCCUAUUGCAUGGCACACAGACGCUGAAGACUAUGACAAUGUCAUAUCAGCCCAAAGUCUACAGCUCAAUCAUGUCCAACAACAUGGCUACGUAAACAUGAGAUGCAUAGCCGUUCCCGGAUGCCCCGAUGAGAUCCAACCAUUCCGAGUCCAUCCUGACCGCCCAUAUGAAGUUGCCUUUGGAGAAGCGUACAAGUAUAUGUUUCAAGUUGCCGAUGAUAUAGACGUUCCUCAAAUAAUUGGAACGCCCUGCUGCCCCUAA